AUGAAAGACAGAUUUGGCCAACUUCAGGAUGCGUUGGACGAGCCUGGAGGCGGCGGAGGUUAUACCAAUGAGGCCUUCACCAAUGUGGACCUGGACCUAGAUGACCUGUCUGCCCAUUCAGGCAGGAACCGUGCAACAGUGGCGUCUGACAACGACCCUGAGCUGAACAGCAUCCUCCAGGAGGCCCAAAAUGUUCGGCAGGAGAUCCAACAGAUCCAGGAAGACCAUGCACAGCUCCGGGACCAGAACUACCACGCCUUGAACAAUACAUUUAUGGACGACACCAGUGAUGUGAUCAGGGAUGCCAACAACAUUGCAACAGACAUCAAGGCCAGAGGAGGGGCUGUGUUGCAGAGGCUACACAGGAUGAACAGGGAGACCAGGAAGCUGGAGGUUCAGCGAGGUAGCACUGACCACGUGGUACGCAUCGCCCGGACGCAGUACACCAACCUGAGCACCACCUUCAGGGAAGUGAUGUUCAACUACAACGAGACAGAGCUGGGACACAGGGAGAACUGUAAGAAACUGAUCCAGAGACAGAUGGCGAUUGUGAGCAGAGACGUCACGUCUGAGGAGGUUGAGGAGAUGAUGGAGAGCGGGCAGCAGUUGAAUAUCUUCAACGCCCUGGCCGAUGGGACGGCCCAGUCGGCACUGACGCAGAUCGCUAGUAGACACAAAGAGCUGCUGGACCUGGAGAAGAGGCUCCAGGGGGUUCAAGAGCUGUUUCUGGAUGUGGCUGUGCUGACAGAGGAACAGGGAGCGGUGCUUAACAACAUCGAGACCAACGUACAAAAGACGGAGGCACCUAUCGCGUGUGCCAGGGUUCAACUGAACGAAGCCAAAAGAUAUGACAAGAACAACCCCAUCAAGAAACUGUUCUGUUGCUGCUCCCCAUGUUGCAAAUGA